CCGUAACCGUGACAAGGAAUUUCGCAAGUUCUUCAGUUUUGACAAGGAAACUUCAUUGGUGUAUUGCAACAAUAUCGGUGGACUCAUUGCAGCUAUGGGAAUAUCAUACAAUAUAUCAGAGUGGCGGCUCUUCAUUGACUCAUCAAAAAGAAGCUUGAAAGCUAAGUUGUUGUUCAAUAGAAACCAGGUCGCGUCUGUUCCGGUGGGGCAUUCAGUGCAGAUGGAUGAGAACUACAACAACAUGGAGUAUCUGUUAACUGCUCUGAAGUAUAAAGACCACAAUUGGAAGAUCUGUGGAGACUUGAAGGUUGUGUCCAUGGUGCUGGGCCUACAAGGUGGUUACACCAACAAGCAAAUAUUCCGUGAAAUAAAGGAGCCCUCUAACGUCGGGAUUGACUUCUGUAACCUACUAACAAUCCUCAAUACUUGGUUAGACUCCGAUAUUAUUGCAUUAACUUUUGACUCUAAAGCAGUAAUCACAUGA